GGCAAGUCACUAGUGAUUAACCUCUCCUAUUUAAAAUUAAUUUAAAGUUUUGCAAUGGAUUUAUCCUCAAGGACAGCCCACCAGAGAGGAUCCUGGACUGAGAGUGAAUAUCAGUCUGUUUCUCUGAGAAUCUUGCCCUGUGUCAACUCUUCUGGGGAAAUUGGAGAUACUGUGCCAGUUUGGACAUCAGCAUCUAAGCACCGAUACCACUAUGUGCGAGCUACACGGUUUUCUGAAAGUAAAUAUUGGAGGGAGUUUAGAGACUUGCCUACUGUGGCCCAGCAAGAGCACACUGUGCAAGAGUCCACUUCCAUAGCAACAGAGGAAGUGGAGACCCUCACUAUUAUGGACAACCUCCACCUUCAGCCCACCAUUAGUGGCAGGAGCAGCCAGAUGGUUCCCAACAGUCGCACUGCUGUGGCUCCAGUGAGGCAGGAGGAGAACCUGACAUUUGUGGGGAACUUCACCCACCCUCCAGGCAUCACCCAAGAUGAGAUGAUUGCACUGCUGAGUUCGGCUAAGGCCCCCAUCUCAGGGAAUGCAGCCAGGCAUGGUGCUACAUCCACCCAGAAGACACUGCUCAAUCCCACUAUGCCUCGCAGCAGCGGCUGUGGGAAUGUGAAGCACACCCACCCAUCCACAAUGAAUAUGCAGAUUCCAGCACAAGAGCUGCAGUCUGCCACUGCUAGUCAUCAGAUGGAUCAGACCGAUGAUCUGACGCACGUGGGCACAAUCUACUCGUCCACUGCAUCAUCCACCAAUAGCAUGGAGUCUCUCAAAAAUGUGAUGGGUCAACCAAUCACCCAGUCUGAUAACGCCGCUACUCUGCUGAACGAGCUUGGACCCCUCACCUUCGUGGGCAACUUCGAUCUCCGUCCUGCGGUCCAUCAUCAGCCAAACACAAAGCUGAACCCCGCCCACGUGCCUGGCGACGUGACCCAGAGAGAGGUCAACACUUUGAGCGACAGCCCCACUCCACCAACUCUCUCUGCAGCUCCUGUGGUUCCCGUUGAGGCCCGCGGCGAUGUCCCAGCUAGCUCAUGCGGCUCUCCCGUCCAGCAGACCCCCUCCAGAGAGGCGUACGUGGAGGUGAUGGAGUACCACCGUCAAAUGGCCUCCUACUACAAGGAGCUCCAGCUGAAGGUGGAGAACACCUCCAAGGUGGAGGGCUCCGUGCUCCAGGGGAAGAGAGUGGGUGUCCUCGGGGGGAGCGACUGGGAGCCCCCAAAGAAGAGGUGCUGGGAGGGCAUCGACCUCCCUGAUGAUUGCGUGGAGGAACUGUGUGCCAUCCCUGGUGUCUGGGAUUUGGCCAUAGAGAUGGGCCUCCUUACCGUCUGUCAGGCAGAAGAGUUGAAGGAUCAUUAG